CGCCAGCUUCUGCCGCCAGCCUUGGGGUGUGCAAGCCGUGCAGAAAGGGGGCGCUGCAGCCUCUUGGGCUCCUGAUGGGGACUGCUGUGAGCUAGGACUGUAUUAUUACCUUCUGUAGGAUCAGGGAGAGGCGGAAACCAAGCAGAUGCUGGAUACGUGCAGAUACCAUGGAGAUCCGGAUCUGAGAAGCCAUAAAUAAAGGUAAGAAGGAUGAAUUCCCGACCGCUCAUGGCGACAGCGGCCCUGCCCCUCGUCCUGUUUCUGCUGUUCCGGAACGUUUGCGGCCAGUUUGUGGUGGACAAUGUGUACAUUGUGGACGGAGUUGCCAAAGGCAGCAUGACGUUACCGUGCUCGCUCACCGCACCCAGCAACUGGAAGGACCACAAGCUGAAGAUUAUCUGGUUCAAAAACUUUACAGAAAAAUUAUGGGAUUGUGUGGUGAAAAGAGAGAAGCCGCCCAAUUGUCGCUCGUCCCCGAACUCUUCCCGGACUCGAAUCUCAUGGGAGGUCUUUGGAAACGCUGAUUUAGAGAUCUCUGUGCUACAGGAAUCGGACGCUGGGCCGUAUCAGUGCUGGAUCCUCCUGUCAGACGCCUACCGCCGCAGAGACCUGCUCCUCAGGGUCAACGAUUCAGUCACACACUGGACUUGCGGCAGAAUCUGCAACUUCUUCCCCUUCCAUUCCACGAGUCCCUACUGAUGGUCCAGGACCAGACACAAGAGGUCAGUUCUUAGGACUGGUGUUGGAUGCUUCUUCAUGGAGGUUCUUCCUGCUGAACAGCUGGCCAUUGGCUGCUUUCCUCAUUCUGCUGCUUCUGACUCAAAGAUUACGUAUCAGUAGGAGAAAGAGAAAAUGUAAUCUCCCUAACUUAAUAUAACUUGAUGGACGAGGUGUGAUGUUGAGAGGUGGAUCCAGAGAAGGCCCACGGACGAGAUGAAAGGAUUCAGGAUGUGGAACAGGGGUCAAGGUCAAAGACGUUUCUUAUCUUAAGGAAACACUGGAGUUCUGUGCAUUGCGCUGAAGGGUGAGGAGUAGCGGAGAGAUGGGUUCUAGAGGCUACUUUCACACUAGCGUUUUUGCUGGAUCCGGCAGGGUUCAGCAAAAACGCUUCCAUUAGUGAUAAUACAACCGUCUGCAUCCGUUAUGAACGCAUCCGGUUGUAUUAUCUUUAAC